GUGGGAGUUUGGGAAGGAGAAGCGCCGCAGCUCCGCUCCGCGGUUCCCUGGGCAACGCGCAAGCGCAGUCCCGACCCGGGCUGCGGACUCCAGCUCAUUGUGCUCUGCCGGCGAUGUGGCGCUGGCGAUCUCUCGUCGCCGGCAGAAGCUCCUCGAAGUGCGUCCCAGUGGUGACCAGGCGCGGUGGCCAGGGCCGCAUCGGGAGAGCAGGAUUGGCCUUGGGAUGGUCGAGCCUGGUGGGGAGGGUGAAUGCAAACCGAGUAGGUCCGGGUCGUGGUACGUUCUGGAGGACGCUCAUCUGAUGCCCCAAACUUCUCUGGAUGUAUGGCUAAGGCCUCUCCUCGUAAAAGGCGUGUAGAAGCUUCCAGCCUGAGGAGUUCCGCUCUGCUUGUCCUUAAAAGGCCUCAUCAGAGAAGAAGGGAUGGCAGUCAGGCGCCUGUCAGCUGUGGUCCAGGAAUCCGUGACCUUCAGGGAUGUGGCCGUGCUUUUCACCCAGGAGGAGUGGGCAGAGCUGAGCCCUGCCCAGAGGGCCCUGCACAGGGACGUGAUGCUGGAGACCUGCAGCAACCUGGUGUCCCUGGGACUCUUAGGACCCAAACCAGAUACAUUGUCCCAGCUGGGCAGAGGGGAAGAGUGGACGCUGGAGGACUCGCUGGGAGGCUUCUGUCUUGACUGGGUGACUAUGCCUGUGAGUAAGAAAUCUACUCUGAAAGCAGGUGUUCCUGAAGGAGACGUGGGUCAGUGGAUGAUAAAGGCGAAAUGCAUUAGAGACAGUCACUGGAGAUAUGACAGCCUGUCGGAGUGGCAGCGUGAAGGCCAGGAGGUAAACUCGCAGCAGGUGGUACUCAGCCACCAGCAACCCUCACCCCUGGUCGGUGACCAGGAACGUGACGAAUUCGGGAAGCACUGCACCAUCAGCUCAUCUUUGGUUCAGAGCCAGGGGGUUCAGCCCAGCAAGAACGCCUUUGAGUGCAGCAAGUAUGGCAAAGCCUUCACAAAGGGUUCAGCCCUCAGCAAACAUCAGAAGGUUCAUACUGAAAACCUGAACGCAAACCGGAAAGCUCUCAUCAAGGAGAAGCGGUACGAGUGCAGGGAGUGCGGGAAGGCCUUUCACCAGAGCACGCACCUCAUCCACCACCAAAGAAUCCACACCGGCGAGAAGCCGUAUGAAUGUAAGGAGUGCGGCAAGGCCUUCUCAGUGAGCUCCUCACUCACCUACCAUCAGAAGAUUCAUACCGGAGAGAAACCUUUUGAAUGCAACUUAUGUGGAAAAGCUUUUAUCCGAAACAUCCACCUUGCCCACCAUCACAGAAUACAUACUGGAGAGAAGCCUUUUAAAUGUAACGUAUGUGAUAAAGCCUUUGUGUGCAGGGCCCAUCUUACCAAACACCAGAAUAUUCAUAGUGGAGAGAAACCCUACAAGUGCAACGAGUGUGGGAAAGCCUUCAAUCAGAGUACAAGCUUUCUUCAGCAUCAGAGAAUUCACACUGGAGAGAAGCCUUUCGAAUGUAACGAAUGUGGAAAGGCCUUCAGGGUGAACUCCUCCCUGACUGAACAUCAAAGAAUUCAUACUGGAGAGAAACCUUACAAGUGUAGCGAGUGUGGGAAAGCUUUCAGGGAUAAUUCAUCCUUUGCCCGACAUCGGAAAAUCCACACCGGGGAGAAACCUUACCGGUGCGGCUUGUGUGGGAAAGCUUUCCGGGACCAGUCAGCCCUCGCCCAGCACCAGAGGAUUCACACCGGGGAGAAACCUUACACGUGUAACACAUGCGAGAAAGCCUUCAGUGACCACUCGGCCCUCACUCAGCAUAAGAGAAUUCACACCAGAGAAAAACCUUACAGAUGCAGGGUCUGUGGGAAAGCCUUCAUCCGCAGCACACACCUGACCCAGCACCAGAGGAUUCACACGGGAGAGAAGCCCUAUAAAUGCAGCAAGUGUGGGAAAGCCUUCAACCAGACUGCAAACCUCAUUCAGCAUCAGAGACACCAUAUUGGAGAAAAGUGACAUGGAAGCGAGCUCUGAGGCUGACUGUAUUGAUGACUGAAUAACCCUGAAGGCUCUUGUGAAGACAGUCCUUUUGUUUACGGGGAGUCGAGCUUCACAGUACUAGAGGUGUGGAGAAUUUAAGAAUGCCAAACACUCAUAGUUCAGAACUGCCUCAUUUGAAUGGCAGUCCUGUUGAAUUAGACCGAGUUACCAAGUAUCAGAACCAAAAUGGACCUUCAGUAACAACAUAGCAAUUAGUUGAUUAUUAAGAGAAAUUACCAAAUUAUAAAAAUGAAGUUGACAAGCAGAGGAACAAAAAAGUAAGAAAAUGGCCUGUAAGCAUUUUAACUCUACUUCAUUCCCCUGAUAGAAAAGAGUCUCCACCGUUAAUGGGGCCCUUUGUUUUCCUCACCCUCUGCUGGCACCCAGCGUGGAGAAUGUGGUCACCCCUGCAGCGGCCCAAGAGUUACAUAAAUUAUGUUCCCCGCCUUCUGCUUCAAACCACCUUUUGUCAGCUCUCUGGGUCCGUGUGUCCCCUGGCCUCUUACCUGCAUUCUCCUCCUGGGACGAUUUAUUCGAGUGGCCUGUCCCUUUUUGGUCUCGCAGCUCCUGACCGGCGACAUCAGGUCACUUACUCCCAGCCACUUGCCCUUGAGGGCUGAGGCGAGCUGACCUCACGCACAGCCCGCGAUUCUGGGUGGUGCACAGACCCAGCUUCCAGAACUUGGGACCUCUGUCCGGGAGGCAGAGGUUGGUCAAAAUUCUUGCUUUACCCAGUUUGGUCCUCAGCUUGACUCUGACCCCGGGACGAUGCCUAAAGGAGAGGCCUAGUGUGUGCAGACAUGACCCCACCAUUGUUCUGCACUCUGCCUCCUCUACACACGGCAGUCCGGGGCGUGCUCAGCCUCAGGGGUGACGGCCCCAGCCCCCUGGGGGCCCCCUCCCCUUCUGUGACUUGUCAUUUCCGGAUGUGCAACUGACAAGGGAGGUCAGAGCCUCAGCACCAGCUGUCAGGAGCCUCUGCCCCCCUCGCUUUCCCUUGGCCGGGCAGUCCUCUGUCUGCCGUGCAGAGUAGGUUCGUUACUCCCAGAAUAUUGAACCGCCGCCUCCUGGUCCUUGCCCCGCUUUUGUCCACUUUCCUGAAGGGACCAACUCUGUGUUCACCAGGAAUGCAGAGAGCUCUGAAUUUCUGCUUUUGCAUUUGGAGGUGGCCGUUUCCUUUCGUCCAUCUGGGUGCUUCACUACUUAAAGACGACCCCGUUUCUGAGAGUGGUGGGCAGGGUGUGGAGUAAUUCCAUGGAGCGGUCAACAGCACUGUGACAUGGUCUGGCAGGGCGGUGUCCGUGCCCAGAACUCUGAGUGAUAUCUCGUCCUGCAGGUGCAGUUCCCUCACCAUCCUGAAUCUCUCAGUGCUGUCAGUAGAAAUCCCGGGUAAUAUGACAUCCAUGUGCCUUCCCACACUCAGCCUCUGGUGGCCCCUCCCCUCCCCCAGCACAGGGACUGGGGUGGGGGGCGUGGCAGUCCCGGGAGCUGGAACACACCACAUCAUGAAGAUGGAGAGUGGCAGGCUCCUGGUCUGGGGAAGUGUCCUCCGUCAGGGUGGGCACCGUGUGGCCCUAUGGAUGCAGCGCCGUGGCUCCGGGUUACGGGGGAGGGUGCUCUGUCACGGGGGAUCAGUGGGUCUCAGGUUAAACGUGGACUUGGAAGCUGCCAGCAGCUUUGAAGCCCGAGUUCUGUAAAUUCAGCUCCCAUCUAAUAAAGGCCACCAGUGUGGGGAGGCAUCUCCUAUUGGGUGAUCAGCGACUCCUGCUUCCUUCCCUAUUGAGCUGCGGGCGAGGCAGCAUUUCAGGAGUUUCCUGUGACCCUCUGUGCCCUGGGCCCACACACUCUGCAGCCUCACGUGGCUGGCAACUCCAGGUUCCAGAAUAAACUUGAAAAACUGCUCA